UUGGUUGCCGUUAGCAGCAAGAUGGCGGCUCCCGUCCCGGCGCACAGCCCCUUUGCUCUGCAUAUUUAACAGCGGCUCGCAGCCUCCACAGUGCUCCGUUCCAGCGGUGCAUGGAGCAACCCUGCAGCGCACUGUCCCGCUGCUGGAACUUAGUUUGUGUUAGCGCUGGUUUCAGGCUGAGCAGCUACCGGCGGCUUUCAACUGACUCCGCACAGCAUUCACCGGGUAAAAUGGCGGACUGUCCACUGAAGUCUGCGGGCUAACUAACAGCACCGCGAUCCAUCUCUGAGUCACCGGCUGGAUCUGUACCAGAGACCGGUUUUGCAGUCUGGGUCUGUACUGCUGUCCAGUUUACCGGUGUCUGAUAAACGUUACUGACCCUGGGACGGACGCUGUUCAUCGUCUCCAGAGUUAGCCGAAGUUAGUUAGCCACGGAGCUAGUUAGCGGGCUAAUGCUAAUCCCGCGCCGUUAGUGAGCAGUGAGCAACUUUUGACACAACUCUCUCUGAACGUGGACUUUUCUUCCUCAUCGAGGACAGGGAGGAGCGGACCCUGACAGCGGCGUCAUGGCAUCCGAAUCCGCCACCCCCGCGGUGCUGCAGCCUCGUUGGAAGCGCGUCGUGGGCUGGACCGGGCCGGUACCGCGGCCCCGGCACGGACACCGAGCCGUGGCCAUAAAGGAGCUGAUGGUGGUGUUCGGCGGAGGGAACGAGGGGAUCGUGGACGAGCUGCACGUCUACAACACAGCCACCAACCAGUGGUUCAUCCCGGCGGUGCGCGGUGACGUCCCCCCCGGCUGCGCUGCCUAUGGCUUCGUGUGUGAUGGGACGAGGUUGCUGGUGUUUGGAGGGAUGGUGGAGUACGGCAAAUACAGCAACGACCUGUACGAGCUGCAGGCGAGUCGUUGGGAGUGGAAACGUCUGAAGGCCAAAGCUCCGAAAAACGGCCCGCCCCCCUGCCCCCGCCUCGGACACAGCUUCUCUCUGAUUGGCAGCCGCUGCUACUUGUUUGGAGGACUGGCCAAUGACAGCGAGGAUCCCAAGAACAACAUCCCCAGGUACCUGAACGACCUGUACUGCCUGGAGCUGCGUCCGGGCUCUAGCGUGGUGGGCUGGGAGAUCCCGAUGACGUCAGGUCAGCCGCCUCCGCCCAGAGAGAGUCACACGGCCGUGGUGACGAGCGGCCACGGAGCCAGCAGGCUGAUCAUCUAUGGAGGGAUGAGUGGCUGCAGACUGGGAGAUCUGUGGGUCCUUGACAUAGAUACUCUGACCUGGAGUAAACCUGCCCUCAUUGGAACCGCCCCCCUACCCCGCAGCCUCCACUCUGCCACCACUAUCAACAACAAGAUGUAUGUGUUUGGGGGUUGGGUUCCCCUGGUGAUGGAUGAUGUUAAAGUGGCGACUCAUGAGAAGGAGUGGAAAUGCACCAACACGCUGGCCUGCCUCAACCUGGACUCCAUGUGUUGGGAGACGGUCUUGAUGGACAGUCUGGAGGAGAACGUCCCCAGAGCUCGAGCAGGUCACUGCAGCGUGGCCAUCAACUCCAGACUUUACAUCUGGAGCGGCAGGGAUGGAUACAGGAAGGCCUGGAACAACCAGGUGUGCUGCAAGGACCUCUGGUACCUGGAGACAGAGCGUCCCUGCGCCCCCUCUCGGGUGCAGCUGGUCCGAGCCAACACGUCGUCUCUGGAGGUGAGCUGGGGGCCGUCACAGACCGCCGACAUGUACCUGCUGCAGCUGCAGAAGUACGACAUUCCUGCUACACCUGCAGCCAACUCACCUGCCUCCAGCCCCGCCCCCAACCCCAUCUCCAUGGUCACACCUGGAGCCAGCUCCUCAAAGAGCCCCACCCCCAGCGCUGCAUUACCGGCCAAUCAGGCUGUCCCACUGUCUGGCAUCACACUCGUCCCCUCCCCCACUGCCUCAGUACCUGGAAGCCCAUUGGCUGCAGCUGCUAAAGCACCAGCGGUCCUGAAGGUGGCAGCAGCUCCAGGUGCAGGGGGCGGAGCCUCCAUCGUCACAGUGAGACAGGCCACGCCCAAACCCACAGUUCCUGUGACAACACUUCCUGCGGGUGUUCGUAUGGUCGUACCUGCCCAGGCCGGACAGGCCACGCCAAUCGGCAGCAGUCCUCAGAUGAGCGGCAUGGCGGCAUUGGCGGCGGCGGCCGCAGCGACUCAGAAGAUCCCUCCGUCCUCAGCAGCGGUGCUGAACGUCCCCGCAGGUGCUACGAUCGUAAAGACGGUGGCCGUCAGCCCGGGGUCCAGCAGCCUGCCGGUCAAAGUUGCUGCUCCUGUUACCAUGGUGAGUAACCCAGCCACUCGGAUGUUAAAGACAGCUGCCGCUCAAGUGGGCGGAGCCUCGGUGGUGUCCAAUCCUGGGACGCCGGGCCGACCAAUCAUCACGGUCCAUAAGUCGGGCACGGUGACGGUGUCACCGCAGGCUCAGGUGGUCACCACAGUGGUGGGCGGAGUCACCAAGACAAUCACCCUCAUUAACAGCCCGCUCAGUGUGGGAGGAGGCGGGGCUCUGAUUGGUAACCUCGGUAACCUUGGAAAGGUGGUGUCAGUGGUCCAGACCAAACCAGUUCAGAGUGGAGCUGUUACUGGUCAGGCCGGCAGCAGCCCGGUCUCCCAGAUCAUCCAGACGAAGGCCGGCCUCCCAGCAGGAACCAUCCUGAAGCUGGUGUCAUCAGCAGACGGGAAACAGACGACCAUCCUCAGCACAGCUCAGGCUGGAUCCACACCGACCAAAUCCACCAUCCUGGGCGUUGCUCCAACAACUUCCAAACCUGGAACCACCAUCAUCAAGACCAUCCCGGUGUCUGCGCUACAAGGGGGGGCAGGUGGAAACAGUCCAAUCACCAUCCUGACCACCAAGGUAAUGACGCCGGGAACCAUGGGAAAGAUCCUCACCACCGUCCCCAAGAUCUCUGCAGGGGGUCAGCAGGGGGUCACACAGGUGGUGCUGAAAGGAGCUUCAGGUGCGUCAGGUACCAUCCUCAGGACCGUCCCAAUGGGCGGAGUCAGACUGCUGUCACCAGGAGCUGUCGGCUCCAAACCCUCAGUCACUACACUGGUCGUCAAGGCAACCACAGGUGUGUCCAGUCUGGGGACAGUAACAGGAAGUGUCUCCACCACAGUGGCAGGUGGAGUCCUCACUGCCGCCAGCCCCUCCCUACCGACGCCCAUCACCACCCUGGCAACCAUCGCUUCACUGGCCAGCCAGGUUACCACAGCAGCUGCUGCUGCAGCCGGACCCAAACAGGUGACCCUGAUCACGACUCCAAGCGGAGCUGAGGCUCAGCUGCUGCCUCAGGAUCUUCCCGUUUCCAUCAUGGCCUCUCCUACCUCAGAGGAACCUGGAAGUACUACAAGUACUAUGACUACUACAGUAGGAGGAGAGGCUGGAGAUACUUCAGCUGCUACAGUGACACUGGUCUGCUCCAACCCGCCCUGCGAGACACACGACACCGGCACCACCAACACUGCCACCGUUGCCUCCGCCAGCAUGAACCGAGAGACACAGGUGAGCUCCAACCUGUCCGCUGUUACCUGCUCUAAUCCGCCGUGUGAGACGCACGAGACUGGAACCACCAACACCGCCACCAUGGCUGGAGCUGGAGGUCUCCGACAGGUGUGUUCAAAUCCUCCGUGUGAGACACAUGAGACCGGAACCACCAACACCACGACCACAGCCGGAGCUGGAGGACUGCGACAGGUGUGUUCAAAUCCGCCGUGUGAGACGCAUGAGACCGGAACCACCAACACUGCAACCACAGCUACAGCUCAGCAGGGUGGAGACAGUCAGCAGGUCGACUCCACAGACCCCGCCUCCUCCUCUGACCACGCCUCGUCCACCACGGCCAAUCAGAACAGAGCUAUUACCACGGUUACACAGGCGACGCCCACACCUGGACCAUCCAUAACUGAGAUCUCGUCAUUGGUUGGGGAGGACAGGAUGGAGUCCUCAGAGGCAGUCGCCAUGGUGACCGCAGAGGAGGGGGAGGAGCCUGGGCUGCAGGUUCAUGUGGAGGGCAGUGAGGCAGCAGCACAGGUAACACACACACUCAGGUGCACGGAGUAAUAACCAAUCAGCUCGUUCUUCUCUAACCCCUCCCCCUCCCCCCAGAUGGAGACCUCAGACAGUGGUCUUCCUCAGGAGCUGAUGUCAUCAGAAGGGGACGGAGGUGAGGUGGUUUCUGGGACAACGACCCUGAUGGUGACAACAGGGCAGACCCCAGAUCAGCUGGCUGUUACCAUGGUAACAGAGGACGCAGCUCAGCAGGCGACGAUACAGGCGGUGCUGCAGGCGGCCGGUGAAGGUGAGGGCUCAGAGGAUCAGUCCAUUCCCAUCGUUCUGACCCAGCAGGAACUUGCAGCUCUGGUCCAACAGCAGCAGCAGCUGCAGGAUGUCCAGGACCAACCAGAACCAGAACCACAGCAAAGCAGCGUCCCCACAGAGGGCCUUGCUCCGGCCGACAGCCUCAAUGACCCAGCAGCAGAGAGCAACGGGCACGAGCUGACAUCAUCAGCAGUGACGAGCGCCGUCGCCCGAUUGGCCAGCACGUUCAGCCCCGCCCCUCCUCUGACAGCAGGUCCGGCUAAGAUUCAAGCUGCUGCCAUGGUGACCAUGGCAACCAAUGGCGUCGCAGCAACCGCAGGGAAACAGGGCAUCCAGGUGAAGUCUUCGGUUCGGGACAGUCGGUGGUACGACGUCGGCAUCGUCAAGGUUACAAACAUGGUGGUCUCUCACUUCUACGUCCCAUACGAUGACAACAUGGCCGACGAUGACUCAGGUGUGGUACCUGACUACAGUCAGAUGAGGAAGGUGGACCUGCAGCCGGGAACAGCCUAUAAAUUCCGUGUUGCUGGGAUCAAUAUCUGCGGCCGCGGAGCGUUCUCCGAGGUGUCGGCAUUUAAAACGUGUCUGCCUGGUUUCCCUGGAGCGCCCUGCGCCAUCAAGAUCAGCAAGAACCUGGACGGAGCCCAGCUGACCUGGGAGCCUCCUGCUGUCACCUCAGGGAAGAUUGUGGAGUACUCUGUGUACCUGGCCAUCCAGUCCAGCCAGGCCUCCUCCGGUUCAGGUUCCAGUCCCGCCCAGCUGGCCUUCAUGAGGGUCUACUGUGGUCCCAACCCGUCCUGCCUGGUCCAGGCCUGCAGCCUCUCCAACGCCCAUAUCGACUACACCACCAAACCCGCCAUCAUCUUCCGCAUCGCUGCCCGGAACCAGAAGGGCUACGGUCCAGCCACGCAGGUCCGGUGGUUACAAGAAACCAGUAAAGACGUCAAACCAGCAGUGAAGAGACCAGGAUCUUCUCCAGACCAUAAACCUGUCGGACAGAAGAAGUUCAGAACUGACCAAUAGGAGGAGCCGUUCAUCUGCUGAGGUCUGUGAUUGGUCACCAUUGUCUUAAGCUCUGCUCACCCAGCUGGUUACCGUGAUGGGGAGGAGGCAGAGGUCUGACAACUUCCUGUCCCACAGGACACAUCGGAAUAAAAGACUUGUAGGAUAAUUGUACGUUAUUGACCAAUCAGGUUCUUCUACAGUGUUCAUGGUUGUCAUGGAAACAUUGAGGGGCGGAGUCAGCAGCUUUUCACCUGCAGACUCGAAACGAUGAAGUUUGAGUUUGAAUUGUAGUUCUGUCAGUCCUUUUAAAGGUCAAAGGUCGACCUGCCGUCAGUGGGCGGGGUUUAAACCAGCUCUGUUGUAAAUUAUUUUCUUUCUGUAGUUUUUCUUUUUUAUAAAAGUCUGUAAGAAAAGUUCUUUCUUCUUCUGUGGUUUUUCUGUUUCUUCUUCUGUUGUCGAAGCGUUUGUCAACCGCCGUGACGGAGCGUCCCCAUUGGCCGAUGAGUUUCCAGCUGUUGGAAAACCAUUUGUGAAUAUUCUCUGGAACAAUAAAGAUUUUUAGAGCAUUUUUUUA